AUGUUCAGCGUUCCAGGCAUCGCACUUGUCACAGGAGCAGGAAGCGGUAUUGGGAGAGCGACUGCUCUCGCAUUUGCCCGGGCGGGUGCAUCAGGUUUGCACCUAACCGAUGUAAACCGUGGACGCCUGGAAGAAACAAGGAAGGACGUCACAGCCGAAGCUACAAAUCCGCACUUCAAAGCCUAUGCAUCUGAAGCCGAACUAUCGAAGGAAGACCAGGUCGUCCGAAUGGUUCAGGAAGCUGCAGACAACUUUGGGAGAAUCGAUUACGCUGCUAACAUCGCUGGGAUAUCCGAAAACUCUCCUAUGCCGACGGCUGACACCCCUCUGGCUACCUAUGACCGGAUCAAUAACAUAAAUGCCAAGGGCGUUUUCCUUUGCAUGCGUGAACAGCUCAAGGUCAUGCGAAACCAGGAAGCUGUUGCUCGCAUUCCAGGGAGGCCAGGCGUACGUGGUGCCAUCGUAAAUAUGAGCAGCAUGUACGGUUUUUUGAGCGGCAAUGGGUACACUAGCUAUGUUACAUCCAAGCAUGCAGUCAUAGGGAUGACAAGGGCUGCCGCUGUCAGCCACAGCGUUGACGAUAUUCGCGUCAACGCGGUCUGUCCAGGAUACAUUGACACGCCAUUGGUAGACAACAUCAAAGAGCAUCUUGACCUCCGCACCUUCCUGGAGGGAGCUGUCCCGAUGAAGAGGCUCGGUAUGGCAGAAGAAAUCGCAGAUGUGGUCGUCUUCUUGUUGAGCGAGCGUGCGAGCUUUGUCACAGGCCAUUCGUUCAUUGCAGAUGGUGGUGCUUCCAUUGUAUGA